GAUGCACGUUCAGGACGCGUUUGUAUAAUAUAUAUGGUUGAAAGGUUAAGUUCGUUAGUUAAUUAGAUACAAACUAUGGCAUCAGCUGUGGAAUCAAUGGUUGUGGAUGAUAAACAAAUUCCUGAUAAACCCGUUGAUAGAGAAAAAACUUGCCCUUUACUUUUAAGGGUAUUUUGUAAUACUGGACGGCAUCAUAACAUUUCAGAAUAUACUAGAGGAAACGUUCCUUCAAACGAGCUCCAAAUUUAUACUUGGAUGGAUGCUACCUUACGUGAAAUCACUGCCCUAGUAAAAGAAGUUAAUCCAGAUGCUAGAAAUAAAGGAACAUAUUUCGAAUUUUCUUUGGUUACACCAGAAGUAAGAUCUGCAGGAUAUAGAAUGCGCGAAAUAGGUGUGACUUGUUCUGGUCAAAAAGGUGCUGAUGAUAAUAAAACUUUGGCUCAGGCAAGGUUCACUAUAGGAGAUUACUUAGAUAUUUCAAUUACUCCACCGAACCGUGUACAGCCAGUUGUACGACGAGGAAAUUUUAGACAAUACUGACCCAGGAGAACGAAGACCGCAACAUAAAUUUAUACUUGUGUUUAAGUUUGUAAAAUAUUGAAAUUAAUAUUGAUAUAAGUGACUAUUAUAAUCCAGUAAUUAUGCUCAAUGUCACAUUUGUGUAAUUUUAACCUCAAUUUUUAGAUGAUGACUAGAUCAACGUUACUUGUGUAAGAAUUUAAGCAUAAGUUUUGUAAUUUACAAUGUCAAAGUUAGUCAAAUAAU